AUGUUUGUGAAUUGUGAUACAAGUGGAUUGCACUGCCUAAACGGAUGCGCGGAAACAAAUCUUUGUUAUUGUACUCGUACUGGACGUACGAUUUUAGAGAAAAUUAUGGAAGAUGGUAAUGUUCUCAAUACGAAAGACGAUAAAAUCGCCUCAGCGUUAUUGGCAAACUUAUAUAGUGAACGACAAACAAAAUUAACGUCUAAUGGACACGACCCUAUCGGGGAAACGUCGAAUCCCUCAGACGACCCGUACAAUCAGUGCCGCCCCAACGUUGACGUCGCCAAGGACGAGAAGUUCCGAAAACGUAUAAACCCUUUAAGAAUACAUCUUGGCAAAAGACCAUUUGUGGAUAAUUCACUUCAGUACUACAGUUCGGUUAAAAAGAAAAAACUGCCCGUGUUUAAAACUAGUGAUACAAAAUCAGCACCCAAUUCUAUUCCUAGAAUACCGAAGCUCAAUCCUAAGCGUGUAGACAAAAAUCAAUUUCAUCAUGUCACCUCACAAAUGGGGUGUAGUGCAGUGGAUAAUGAGCAAGACAAGCCCACACCUCGGCUCGUGCCCAAAAGCCAAUUGUUACAGUUCAAAAAGGGUAAGAUUGAAAAAGGACCUCAAUUAAAAGAAUAUGCACAAAGCUUGGGUUUACAGCCUAUGGUAAAGUUCAAAUGUAGGAAGUGUUGUUCUAUGUCCUUUAAAACAUUGGCAAUGUUGAAAGACCAUCAAUUAGUGUGUCGUGCUCAAGCAAAAGAACCAACGCUAAGUCCUGAAGUGACUCCGACUGCAGAGGUGAGCUCCGGUGGCCCAUCAAGAGUGACAAGAAAAGUAUACUUGUGUUCGGCUUGCGGUACUUACUAUGAGAACUGGAAUCUCUUUUUGCACAUGCGAGAAGUACACAAUAGGCAUAUUUGUUUGUUCUGCUUAGGCAUGUUUUCAAAAGCUGAAAAGUUGUCAUUGCAUUUGACUAAUAAACAUAAUGUCCAAGAGUUCAAUUAUGAGAAUAAAAAAGAAUUUAUGGAUGUGUAUAAAGGAACACUUUAUUUAAUGUGUUGUGCUUGUGAUGAGAUCUGCAGUGAACAAGAUGAUUUUUUCAAUCAUGACUGUAACAAUAUUAAGCCAAAACCUGUGCCUGUUCUUAUUAGUAAAAAUGCAGUGAAAACUAACAAUAUGAAGAAUAUAAAAAAUUGUAAUGAAGCAUCGACAAAUGGUCCCUUGAGUGUAGUAAACCCAUUAGCAAAACCUGUUAGUGACAAAAAAGUGUAUGCAAAUGAAACUAAACUUGAAACGGUAACAUCUCAAACACAGAGAGCCCCAGUAGGGUUAGUAGACUGUGAACCCGCCAGUAGUGACACAAGUGUGAGUUCUGAGACCUCUGCCACUGCUAGUAAGGAUACUAGUAACACAAUUGACUCAGGUAUGGAAUUGGACAGUUCUAGUAUUAAACCAGAAGGAAGUCCUAUACAUGAAAAUAACUUGAGUUCAGAUACAACCAAAGUAUCACAUCCAAAUGGUGAUGAUGGUUUAGACCAGUCAGAUGAGAGUAAUUCACCAAUCCCUGAUGAAUUUAAUCAGUGUUCUAAUGAUGAUUUUCCAUCAAAGCCAGAAGAAGCUGUUAUUUUGCCUGCCGAAAAGGAAAAAGAAUGUGGUAUUAAAUUAAAACUUAGUUUAAAUAAAGCUAACUCACCAAUUAUUAUUAAUUCAACAGUAGAUCCAACAAUUGGACAAUUUAAUGCACAUAAACCACCGACCCGAGUAAGAAGGCCACCAAAGCGUUAUGAAAAAGAAACUCCAGCAGACACAUUAACUCAAUCAAAACCACCAUCAAUAAAAAUGACAAUUUGUGAUAAAGCUGACAGUCCAUUUGUGAAAACAACUAUUAUAGAAAAUAAUAAAGAAACUACAAUGAAAACCCUGUUAAAUAAUAAUUUAGAAACAGUAUCAAAGCCUCCUGAAAAUAAACCAGAAAAUGUAAUAAAAUCUACAAUUUAUGAUAAUAAAAUAGAAGACAUUAAUACAUUGAACAGGGUACCAAAACUGACAGUUAGAGUUCCUAAAGAACUUUUGGAUAAAGACUCCUCAAGUGAUUAUUCAUCAGAUAGUGAUGUCAGUGAUAAAUUGACAGUUGAUGAAAAUAGUACUACAAUUGAGUCAGAAAAUAAUAAACAACAAAUACCACAAAUGGAAAUAGUGCCGCAGUUCCAGCCACUCGAGGAAAAACCUGAGCAAAAUGAGGAAGUUGGGGACAUAGUUACAGUACCAAAACAAGAGGUUGAUGAAACACAAAUGCCUACUGAUUUUGAACAAGUGGAACCUAAGACUGAACCAACAGACAAUGACACAAUUGUUGAACCAAAAAUAGAGGAACCGGAAAUUCCAGUUACUGAAUUGUCAUUAGAUAGGCCACUGGACAAAUAUCCUUUGAAAGAUCUAUUAAAGGUAUUCUUAGCAUCAACAGCCCCAAACUGUAUUUACUGCAAUCAUGUUCGUAAAAUUGCAGUGAAUUGUGAACAGCUCGCUUUACAUAUGGUAGCCCAGCAUCGGUUUUCGGCCACUGUUGAUAGUAUCACAGCAGAAGAAUUAUUGCCAGAGACAAUUACAGCCAAAUUGAAGACAGGAGCAGAGGAACUGAUAUCUGUAUUUAUAAAUUUGAACUCUUAUGAUAGUGCUGAAAUGUAUGACGAGGUGCAGUAUGACCAUCUGUUUGAGUGUUUUCAGUGUUAUUUUAAAACUGCUAUACAUAAAGAUCUCUAUUUACAUAAUCGUAAAAUGCAUCAAAAAACCAUCUUACUAUGUGUUAUGUGUAAGUCUAAUUUCUAUAGUUAUAGUGAGCUAUUGUGUCAUUUGUGUCCAGGAACAUAUGAUUCAGAAUAUGAAGUCAAAUAUAGAUGCUGUUUAUGCAGUGUAGAUACUAUACCAUCAUCAUUUAGAUUAAUGGUACAUCUUAGAAAGAUGCAUCACACUUGUGAUGUAUGUUUGGAAUUCUGUCAUAAUCAAUCCCGUUUAUCGAAUCAUGUUUGGAAGCAUAAAUUACAUCAUCUUUGUUAUCGUUGUGGCAUUGCCUACAGAAAUAAGCUUGAUAUUACUAAUCAUUUGUUUUGGAAACAUGGCACUGAAAGUGUAAUGUGUAAAAAGUGUCUCCAGAAAAAAUGGCCUCAUGUUUAUCAUUUCUGCUCACCACCUGCAGUAUUUACAUGUGAAGAAUGUAGUUUGCAGUUUACGAAAGCAGUUUAUUUGAAAGUGCAUAAAAGAUUUCAUUCAGAUGACUAUCCUCAUGCUUGCACUGAAGAUGGAUGUACUGAAAAAUUUGUUUCAAAAAAAUUAUUGGUUAAACACAUUGAUGAACAUAGAAAAAAAAUGAUAAUAGAAGAUUUAAAUGAAGAUCCAUCGCCUACAAAAGAUACGCCAUUAGAGGCAUCCAAGGAACCAAUUCCUAUUAUUGAUUUGAUUAAUGACAAUUCGAAAGUGGAAGCCGGUACUUUAAAACGUACUGCUGAGGCUGGAACGGAGCAACUAUCCAAAAAAGCAAAAAAGAAAAAAAUGAAAGAAAAGGAUGCUUUACUAUUAGAUGUGAAUUUGCCGGCUUUAGAUUUAUCAGAAAGUGAUAGUGACGAAUCUGAUACUGGAAUACCUCCUACUAAAAAAGAAGAUAUACCAGAUCAAAAACCAGAAGAAGAAAAAUCUGAAACUACUGUUAACCAUAAUGAUAUUACUAAACCAAAUGAAGAGUUGCUUGCUUUAACAGACGAGAACCUAUCACAAAUAGAAGAAGAAAAACCCAGUGAGCAGCAAGUUCUUGACAUAUGGGAUAAUUUCAAGAAAUAUCAGGCCAAAGUGGAAAAGCAAAAAGAAAAGACUCCACCUUUAGUUCCCAUUAGAAAACAUGUGUGUGAAUCUGAUCAUGACUAUUGUCUAAUACCUUCAGACUUAAAUGGUGAUGAUGAAUCAUUUGGUAUAGAUAAAAAGAAAAAUAAGAAGUCACCGAAAAAAAGGCAUGGUGAUUUAUCCUCUUCAAGUAGUAGUAGUAGUGACAGUGAUUCAAGCUGUUCAUGUGGUUCAAAUUGUAGUUGUUCUUCAAGCAGCGGUUUAUCAUCAAGUAGUUCAUCUGAUUCCGAUUCUUCUGAUGAAUCUGGUAAUGAAAAGAAGAAGAAAAAGCAGCUAAAAAAGACACUACCUAAUAGAAGAUUGAGUAAUGGGUCUAAUGUUGACGUCAUGGGUAUGUCUGAGACCCCAGUUUUAAUUCCAGAAAAGACAGAACCGCCCAUUCCUGAGACCGAUUUAGAAACUGACGAAAGUGAAACUGAUGAAGAGUUUUAUGAUAAACAUCCUCAAAAAAUAGCGAAUAAGUUACACACAGAAAAACGUAAUCAAUCUAUUCUUUUGGCUUCAGUAGCACCAUCUGAUGGUGGAUCCGUAUCAGGUGACGCUAGUCGUUCAACAACACCUGUAAAAGAGGAAACGGAGACAAAGGAACAAAUUGAAACAAAAGAUGCAAUAGAAACUAAAGAUGCUAUAGAAACAAAAGAUGCAAUAGAAACGAAAGAAAAACAAGUAUUUAGCAAGAAGAAAAGUAAAAAGAAAAAGAAGUCAAAGAGUUCUAAAAAGCAUGCUCCUAUAAAAAUUAACAUUCCUAAAGAAGUUAUAUCAAAAUCGGAUGUAGAGGCUGCACAACCUUUACUACCAAAUAAAAUAACAAUAUCUUUACAAUCUAAUACCGUUCAAUUACCAGAAGUGCCCGCGAAGCUUGCACCUACCAGUACUAGCAGCACACCUAUCGUAGCUACCCAAAACAAAAGAGCAUCGAAACGAAGACGAGUCCCGAACAAAUUUUAUGGUUAUUCAAGUGAUGAGGAAACACCUUCCAGUUUGACCGCAUUAAAACCAUAUCAGCCGCCUAAAUUAGAAUGGAGAAAAGAGGACCUGCCUUCUCCUGUGACGCACAAAGCAAAAAAAGAAUUACCGUCAACAGUAACCCCUCAGAGAAUGUACAAUUACACAGAGCCUAUAAGAUUAACUACACCCAUUCCAGACCCUGAGCCUCCAAAAAUCUUAAUGAACUCCGAAUCUUUAGAAUCCAGUGACUCCGAUUCAAGUGACGAAGGCAACCUGGAAAUAUGUCAACCAAAUAACUAUCAGGCACCAGCCCCUAUUCCGCCACCCACUUAUUUGAAUUCUGGCACUUCGAGUCUACCUUAUCCAUUCCAAAGGCCUGUUGUGCGCCAAGCACGGGAGGGCGAGAGCGUGUACUGCUACUGCCGAUGUCCCUACGACGAGGUAUCCGAGAUGAUCGCCUGCGACGCCGAAGGUUGUUCCAUUGAAUGGUUUCACUUUGAGUGUGUCGGUAUUAUGGUGCCUCCUAAAGGUAGAUGGUACUGUCCAGAAUGUAGAAAAAAUCAAAGUUUCUCAGGUUACAGAUAAGUCUAAAUGUAUAUAUAUUAUAUAACUUACUGUACUGAUAUAUGUAUAUAACUUAUUGAGGAUUGUAGAUAAUUAGCUUUACCUGUAUAUCUUUUUAGGUAGUUCGUGUAAGUUCUAGGUUAUUAGGUCUGAAGAAAUGUAUCAUUGUUAUAAAAGUACAUGUUAUGCUUGAUAACGGCUGUGCAGCCAACUCUGUAACCUGGCAAAUUGUUACUGACAUUAACAUACUACAGCAGAACGGAAAUAUAAAUCCGAUUUUUGAUACCAACAUCUGUUUUUAUUUCUAAAAUUAACGUAUCCAAAAAGAAUUCCAUUCCAGUCUCCACCCGAAGACGCGCACAUACAAUUCUGACAACAUUUUAGCAGGCGUCUUUUGAAUUUGCAAAUACAAUAAUACGUAAUAGGGGGGAAGGGAUUGUUAGUAAUGGAGAGGUUAGUUCCUAUUGCUAUCAAUAUAACCUAUCGGGCCGACUUCCACGCGGUUCCCCCUGGAAACUAUCGUGACUAAUUUGAAUUAGUUUUGACCAUUGAAUUAGUCACGAUGGGCUAACUGACUUGUCUUUUCAUCCUCACCAAUUAACCCUCACUAGUGCCUCGCCAGUGUAUUCCGAUAGCGCAGGCGGGGUUACCAUUUUAUUAUCAUCCAUUAAAAAAAAGUACCCAAUGAUCUUAUUACCAUCCAUCGCUCUUUCGGCAUCGGACUGACUGCACGACGCCGCAACGGACAGAGGGUCUGCAUGCAUAUAGGACAAAGGUACUUCCAUGUUGUGUCUGGUUAUUCAGACAUAUUAGACUUUUUAAGGCGAAAGUGAAAAGGUGGUUCGUGUCCCACUAAUUCAGGUAAGAUGGAGAUCAAUCGCAGGGCCUUUUAAUCGUUAAAAAAUCAAUGUGUGCGCUUCGUAACAGAUAACCCGUUAUCAACGCUCGUGUCUUCGAACGCUUUGGUAUCACUGUGAUGGCAACUAAAAGUAGCUGACGCUUAUAUAUUUGUAGAAGGCAGUCUUAUGGUGAGUAAUGAACUCUAGUACCGGUUCCAAUUACUUAAGCACUUACUAACAGGUAUUAGUUGGGGGGAAAGGAGUUGUUAACAAUGGAGUUUGACAGCCCCAUUGCUAGCAAUAUACCCUAUCAGGUCGACCUCCACGUGGUUCCCCCUGGAAACCAUCGUGAACAAUUCUUGUUGAAUUCGUCACGAUGGGCUAACUGGCCUGCUUCAUCCUCACCUAUCAUCUUUCAGUGGUGCUCCGCCGGUGUAUACCGAUAGCGCGGGUGGGGUUACCAUUCCAUUAUCACCCACAAAAAAACAGGUAUUCGUUAUCUACAAUAUUUACAUCUAUACUAGUCAACACUAUAUAUUUUUUUUUAUUUUUAUAUAUGAGUGGCAGUUUUUUAUACAACGAUGGUGGCAAACAAGCGCCCGUCGCCCUAUUGUCAGCAAUAUACCCUAUUAGAUCAACCUCCACGUGGUUGCCACUGGAAAACAAUUGUGGACAAUUCUUGUUGAAUUCGUCACGAUGGGCUAACUGACCUGCUUUAUCCUCACCUAUCAUCACUCAUUGGUGCCCCGCCAGUGUAUACCGAUAGCGCAGGCGGGGUUAUCAUUCCAUUUACAUCCAUUAAAAAAAAACCACCUUUUGUUUAUUAAAAUACCACAUCCAUACGAAAAACGUUCUUCGGCUAUUGUGUAAAAUCUUAUUUUUUUUUUUACAAUUCGCAUGACUGAGUGGUUAGUUUCAAAAAUCUUCAUAUCCCGACUCUUAGGUUAGUCACCGAAAUAAGUGGCAAACGAAUCUACCGUUACUUGUUUAGAGGGGCAGAUAAGAACGGGUUUAAUCCAACUAGAAGGAGAACGAAUUGUUAGUGAUUAACUAGCAGUUUUUUUUAUGGGUGAAAAUAGCAUGGCCACCCCGCCUGCGCUAUCGGUAUAGACUGGCGGGGUACCAGUAAGAGGUGAUAGGUGAGAAUGAAAAGGCAGGUCAGUUAGCCUAUCAUGACGAGUUCAACGAUAAAUUAGUCACGAUAGUUUCCAGGGGGAAUUGCGUGGAGGUCGCGUAAAAUGUUUUUUUCGAUGUACCUAUAAAAGUACUUACAUAGCAUAGAUAUUGGAUUAUUAGUUCAUCUGAGCUAAAUACUUAUCUUAGAUAUUACCGUAUGUAAAUGUCUAAUUGAUUAAAUAUAAAAUUAUGGGCGAUAAUAAACAACUCCAAAUAUU